AUGGCAAAGAAGAGCUGUGUAUCAAUCCUAUGCUUCUUAAUCAUAAUCUUUAGUGCUAUAUCUGUUUCUGCACAAACAUGUGAUGAAACUGCUGGAAACUUCAAACCGGAUAGUCCAUAUGCCAUGAACCGCCGUCUCAUCAACGUUACUCUGGCUUCUAACGUCACGGUUCACGACGGCAACUUCUACGGUUGGAUGGGCCUAGACCCGGACAUAGUCUACGCCGUGGGGAUGUGCUCUCCAGGUGCUGGACCAGAAGCUUGCUCCCAAUGUAUCCAGGACACCUCAGAUAGUUUACUAAAGUCAUGUCCCAACCAGACAGACUCUUUCACAUGGUUAGGUGAAGAGUUUCUUUGCCUUGUUCACUACUCUCGCAAACCUUUCUCCGGGGUCCUCAUCUUGGAGCCAUCUAAAGUCCUUUACAAUUCCGUGGACAUAGAAAAAGAAAACCUGAAGGAAUUUGAUAGUGUAUGGGAUGAGUUAAUGUCUCGUACGAUGACAUCGUUGGUGAGAAACAAUUUAUCUACUCCUACUAGUAAAUACUAUGAAAAUGAAAUAGCUCCUGUGCCGGGUUACAAGAACAUAUCGGUGUUGAUGCAAUGCACUCCAGAUGUUUCUUCGGAGGAUUGUAAACUUUGCCUAGAGAAGAGCGUUGACUACUAUAAGACAUUGCACCAUGGGAAGAGAGGUGGCAUUGUGUUGCGGCCAAGUUGCUUUUUACGGUGGGAAUUAUAUACGUUUUCUGGUGUUUUUGAUCAUAUUAGAAUGCCACCUCCGUCAUCACCACCACUGCCUUCACCGCCGCCUUCAAAGACACCUUUUGUCGUCACCAACAUGCCUGUGAAAGGCAAUUUAUCGGGAGGAAUUAUCAGUGCUAUAGUCAUUGUUAUUUUAUUUUUCAUAGUGUUGGUAGCCAUAGUCGUUGCUAUUUUCAAGAGAAAGAGAAAGCAAAAAAUUGAUCUUCCAACGGAAUCUGUUCAAUUUGAUUUAAAGACAAUAGAAGCUGCGACCAGCAACUUCUCUGCUAGUAACAAGCUUGGUCAAGGUGGAUUUGGUGAGGUUUACAAGGGUAUGCUCAUGAAUGGAACUGAAGUCGCGGUAAAGAGACUGUCUAAAACAUCAAGACAAGGUGAGGUAGAGUUCAAGAAUGAGGUAGUUGUUGUUGCAAAGCUUCAGCAUAGAAAUCUUGUUAAACUUCUGGGAUUUUCGCUACAAGGAGAAGAAAAGUUACUUGUCUAUGAGUUUAUUCCAAACAAAAGCCUUGAUUAUUUCUUGUUUGACCCUAAGAAGAGAAUUCAGCUGGACUGGACAAUGCGAUGCAACAUCAUUGGUGGGAUUACUAGAGGAAUUUUAUAUCUUCAUCAAGAUUCACGGCUCAAAAUCAUACACCGUGACCUCAAAGCAAGUAAUAUUCUCUUAGACUCGGAUAUGAACCCAAAAAUUGCUGAUUUUGGAAUGGCAAAGAUCUUUGGUAUGGACCAAAAUGUAGCCAAUACAUCAAGAGUGGUUGGAACCUUUGGUUACAUGCCUCCCGAAUAUGUGACACAUGGUCAAUUCUCAAUAAAAUCAGAUGUUUAUAGCUUUGGAGUAUUGAUUCUUGAGAUCAUUAGCGGAAAAAAGAAUAGCAGCUUCUACCAGAUGGAGGGUCUAGUUAACAACUUAGUCACAUAUGUAUGGAGACUUUGGGAGAACAAAUCAUUGCAUGAACUCAUAGAUCCCGUUAUCAGAGAAGAGAGUAAAAGAGAUGAAGUCAUUAGAUACAUUCAUAUUGGGCUGUUGUGUGUUCAAGAAAAUUCUGCAGAACGUCCAACAAUGUCUAGGAUUCACCAAAUGCUCACAACCAGCUCAAUUACUCUGGAUGUGCCUCUACCACCUGGAUUUCUGUUUAGGAAUGGACCACAAUCAAACCCACUAGCCCAGAGGUUGGAACCGGGUGAACCCACCAGCAUGUCUUUUGCUUGUUCGUUAGAUGAAGCAACAAUCACCGAUGUUAGUCCUCGUUAA